CUUCUCCCCCUCCGCUCCUCCGAGAAAGAAAGUUGAACAGCGUAGCAUGGCCGCCGCCGCCGCCGCCGCCGCCGCCGCCGAGGAGGACCAGGUCCGCAUGGCCGCCAUCGCCGAUGGCCUACAGACCCGGGACGCGAUGCGGCUGUACAACUUGGUGUCGCAGCGCUGCUUCUCCGACUGCGUCGUCUCCUUCUACCGCAAGGCGCUCGGCAAGCGCGAGGAGGACUGCGUCCGCUCCUGCGUCCGCAAGUACCUGCUCCUCUCCACCAGCACGGCCGCGCGCUUCGCCGACCUCGCCGACCCCACCUCCUCUUCAGCGGCAUUCGACGAUUGAUUGACUGAUGCUCUCGCCGCCGCCUCCAGCCCGUCCACUCCGCGCUGUACGAUCCAGUUGUUUUGCUCUUGCUUACCAACUAGUUACCUCACUUCAGCUCUUCAGUCUAGUCUAGUUUUAGCUUGUCAUCUCAGGGAAACACGACGACACGAGAUGAGAGUAGCAAUUAGGAAACUGAAGGCCCUCCCAGUAGUGAGAUAUUUUGAUGCAUUUAUUCCAUCUGUUCUUAUGAUUGUACUACCAGACGACGAAUUUGGAUCUUUGAUGGAUACAUACAGAAAUUAAUUGAUGAAUGGAUGGAUGGACGGACGA